UUCAAACAGUGACUCGCCCGCUCCAGGCAUUGAAUAUGCACUGAAUAAAAGAAGCAGAUCGCCCUGGCCAUUCACCAACAUCCUGCUUUCAAGGAUGUAUUAAUGUGGGCAUGCUGUCAAGUUGACCAUCACGUCAAUACCUCUAGGGAAACAUGGCGGGAGCAAUGAGUGUCGCUAUAUUUCUACCUUUUGUUUUGGUAGCCGUCACUCUAGGGUCCACUGGAGCCCCAAACUUGUCUUCAUUGAAGGAUACCAACAAGACAACCCCAACAUUGUAUGUCAUCACCACAGUGGUCCCUGCCUCAAAAGCCAGUAUAACAAGUCUCAUAGUCAGUGAAACACCUGAUUCAGCUCCUACUGGUAACACUGAAGUCCCAUUGGAAUCAUCACCGACAACCGAGCCUUCCCAAUCCUCUCAGACACUGACUCCAUCACAAGCAUCCGAUGGUAGCACCACCUCUACAGGUUUUACAGCUGACACUUCUACAAAUGAGACCCUAACUGGAACAACUUCUCAUGACUCCACAUCCUCAAACUUCUCGUCAACUUUGUCACCAAACUCUGAUUUUACCACAGGGAACAUAAGCUCGAGCACAGCUUUACAAAGUGAUGGGAGCCAUGACUUAUCAAGGAGUCCGGGUCUUGUAGCAGUCCUAUGCAUAUUUUGCAUCUGUCUGGGUCUUCUACUGGCUGUUGGGAUUGCAAAGUUCAUUAAUUCCAGAGGUUCAAAGUUUGAGAGGCUCGAAGAUGUGCCAAUGGGCAAGAUGAAUGAAGAGUCUCCAUUUGCCCGUUAUCCAACAAAACAAUUCUGAAAGAUAACACAUCAUGAGACAAAGCCAUUGAUCCAGAACUGAUAGAAUGUAAAUCAGUCUUUUGUUUGGGUUCAGAUGGUGCCGUUCAUGACAUGUCAUCCACCAUCAUGUUUUUUUCCUAUCUUUGUUUGUUUUGUCUGGCUGCUGGAAAGUGACAAAUGUUUGAAAGAAAUCAGUAUAGCCCAAGGGCUACAAUCAACCCUGUGAUGUAGUACGGAAUAUCUACUCUGAGGUUGGUCAGCAGCAUACUAAAGUUGAUCAUUGGCCCAAGGUGAAGUACUAUUCAUUCACAGAUGGCUGGAUGCGUCAAGAACCAUAAUGUAGAAGAUGCACAGACAAUGGCUGCGCUUACACAGGCAGCCCAAUUCUGCUCUUUUGUCCAAUUAUUGCAAAAAGAUCAGAUCUGAUUUGUCAAAAGCCCAAUUAUUGGCAAAUGUACAGAAUUGGGUUAUCUGGAAUUCUACGUCUGGUAGAAAUGUGUUUGGAUAAGGAAAGUUUCCUCUCAUAACCUCUACAAGACAGCAUGUUAAAUAAAACAACAUUUAAAUUUACUCAAACUAGGGGUCAUGGCCAGAUUAGAAAAUGGGGUCCUGAGAGAAACUCCAAAAUGUUUAUUGCAUAUUGUUUAUUGCUUAUUGCCAGAUGAUCUUCUGAACUUCCCAAUACCUUUUUGAUGCAUUUCAGUCACUUCAAACCAUACUUCCAUCAGAUAUGAAUAAUGUCAAAAGUACUGUCCAAAAUGAUUUGUAAUAGACUGUCAUAGAUCCAAUUUAAAAAGUAUACAUUGGCUGUUGAUUACAUCACUUUUUUUAUUUUAUCUAAUGGGGUUAGCAGCCUAAAAAAAAUUGGAAAACCAUACUCUACCCGCUGUUGGUUCUUUUGACUUUAGGAAUGCCAGACAAUAUAUCCGCGGGAAAGUAUAAUCCAAUAAAGUUACCAAAGCACUGGUAGUGUGUUCCGAUUUCCAUCACCUGAAGCAUGCACCGAACUAUGUAAACGCGUGCAUGAGUUUGGCAAGUAUCAUGCCUGUAUUUGCGUCUUGUGGCAUGCUUCAAGUGAUUUUAGAAUACUUAACGCUCUACCAGCGCUUUGAAACGUUUAUUUAAUUAUACUUUACUGUGGAUGUCUCACAGUCCUACCUGCAAAAAGACCACCCGCAUGGACAACCGGUAAAGUAUUUUAAAAUAAACCGUUUACUCCAAACAGAAGACGCAAACGAUAGUUUCUAUUGGACAAUUCGGGUAUUCGUUUCGUUCCUUUUGCACUGUUUGCUUCCGUUUUGUUUUAAAUGGCAAACGGUUUCUAUAAUGAAUACGCCCCCGUGUAAAUGCAGCCAAUGUGUCAGGUAUCAUUAGAAAUAAAGCGGCUCCAAAUUC